CUUUCUUUCCCGCUUCCCGCUCAUCUGAAGCAAGCUCUCUAAUGGCGAAAUCGAAAUUGACAGAUUACAGUGGCUACAUUGCGAGCAUUGCUCUCAAUCCAAAGGAGAUUGGAUUUUUCUGUGAGCGAAUUCAAGUCGGUGAUGUUAGCGAGGUCGAUGCCGCCUUUUUCGAAUGCGUCCACUUUGUCCAUCAACUCGCGACGGACGAAACCUGCUCGAUUUGCUUGAAGAAAUUGGCGGAGAAGAGCUUCAUGUGGCAGAGAUUUCUCCUACUCGACUUGCUGACCAAAGGACCGGAGCAAUUGACGAAGAUUUGCCUCGAUAAGACAGGGUGUAGCUCCUUGUUCUUCAUCCUUGGACUGGAUUCAUGUGAUAUUCAAAAGCAGGAGCUGGUAACCAGACUUGCUCUUGUUUUCAAACAACUCUUGCUGUCUGAUCCCAGAGCAGUGGAGUAUCUUCUCAGACAUCUAGUGGAAUCUGUUGGUGCUCCCAACUUUCAGCCGCUGCAACUUUCGGCGCUUGAAUGUGUCCUUGAUCUUGCUAAAGAUCCAUGUGGUUACCAUAAUCUCAUAAGCUUGAUCCGACUCGGCAUUGGAAGAGAUGCCUUGGUUCAGACACUUGGAGCCAAUGCAGCUGUUCUCUCUACGGACAGAAUUGGGAAUUUCUUGGUUCAGUCAUUACUCAAUGACCACAGUGACGAUCUAACCAAUUCAUUCUUCGCAAAUAUGGCCGGGAAAUUCGUUGCCAUGUCUUUUAACAUGAACUCCUACCACGUUGUUCAAUGGUUGAUUGACAAUGGUAAUCCCGACAUUUCUCAGCUGGUCAUGAAUGAGAUUGAUAGCUCUCCACAGCUAUCUCAGCUCAUCAUCAACAAAUUCGGAAACUAUGUCAUACAGAAGAUUCUCCGAAAGGCAAAAAUCAUCAAUCCUCCACUGUUUCUAAGGCUGUCUUCGUUUAUCACAGCCAAUCGGUUGGUGUUUUCAAGCAAUCCUUCGGGGAUCCAUGUUGUCAUUGAAUGCGAUCUCUUGAGACAACGAUGGUAUGGUGGAGCAGUAAUCUUAUGUCAAGAUCUUCAUAAAAGGUUAUCAGAUUUCUCUGUUCUUCUUCUUAAUGUUUUGUUACUGGGUGCAGGUAAGAUGUUAAGAUCUGAACUUCAGUGUUCUCAUUUGGAUGUAGAAACCCAACCAAACCGUCAUGCUGUGGUUGGAGCUGCAAAUUCCCUUCCGGAUCUGUGUCCCGGUCAUGUGGUUUCUCAUGUAAAGGUUCUUCUCUUAUUCAAGGACAAGUCAGUUGUUUUGUGGAGUAUCCAGGACCACAUCAUAACGGUUGGUACAGAUUCCAAAUCUUCGGGAUCCAUCAUCAAAAAAAUAGACGAUGUGUACUCACCCCGGCCAGCGCACAAGAAUUCUGCAGUGUUGGUGAUGAUUCUUGCCUUAUACUAUGGGAUGACAAGGCUAGCAGCAGCGGGGAUGAGUUCAAGUGGUGAUAUCCAAACGACAUCUGUAGCCAAGCUAGCUAUGGCGAGAUGAUUGCACGUGCUAACAAUGGUGCGUCUCUUUUCACAGUAGUACAACUCCGGGACUGAAUAUCAUUAGAGUGCAAGAUUGAGUUGUUUUAUUUUGAACUGCCAGUCGAAAAGAUAUCAGGAAAGGUUGAUGAUUUUGAAUCUUGUUUGUCUACUAUAAGUCAAACUCGUGCUUGGUAUAAAAAGUAUGUGUCUCU